AUGCUCGCCCAGCAUGUUGAACCGCUCUCGCCCAAUUUGGAUGCUAUGAUGAGCGGUCCUCCGCCAGAGCAGACAGAUACACCGCGUCGUUCAUUCCGUGCACGUGUAUCCGACACGAUCCAGCGCGCGCGCGGCCGUUCAUCCCCAAGUCCGGCACCCCCUGCGCAUGAAUCACAGCAUGAUACACCAAGCCCUUCGAAGACCCGCGGCAUGGGUAGGUUCCUGCGCAAAUCCUUCGACAUUGCGCGAAGUUCUUCGCCAUCGCCCUCACGGAACAAGGACGUUGUGUAUAGCUACACGGCUCCUGCAUAUGAAGUGCCUGAUCUCCCAGACUGGCAACUCUAUGAUGGUACAAGUGUUCCAAUGAAUCUCGACCAGCUGGCGAAAGAGAAUGAUUCACUCAUGCCCCCGCCUCCUUCUCUUGGCUAUCACGGCGCACCGCAAGAUGGGCUGAAUGCAGUCUCCAGUCCUGUUCCUCCAGCCCAUGUGCACCAAGGCUCUUUAGGAGUAAUGCCACCACCACCACCACAACCACAGUUCUUGCCACAUCCUCCUACUAUGAUACCACCACAGAGACCCAUGUCGAUGCCACCGCAACUGCCACCACAAAUGCCACCGAAUAUGCCACCGAAUAUGCAGCCGUCAAUGCCGUGGAGUGGGCAUGAAGCAGGCAGCUCGUAUGCACAAGAGCCGGGCAUGCAGCCACCUGAAGAACCUUUGUUUGGACAUGUUGCGCCGCGUUCUCGCUCGGCGCGUGUGAGCCUUCCUCCCACGCUCACCGCAUCGCCGCCGCCGCGGCCGUCAUUCGCAACCCCUUCGCCAGCGCCCCCAGCGCUCCCCGAAGAAUCUCAUGCUCGCUCACCAGAGCGUCCACCUUGUCCGGUGGUACCUGCGUUACAAGUCACUUCAUCUGCACCUGAGGACACCGCUGGCGAGGUUAGUCUCGUCAAUGCAUAUGCAGACGUGACAGACGGAGGCACUCAAGAUGAGACAGUGAUUGAUCACCGAAGCCCCAAGGAGCGUGCCGGGACUCCCAGUGUGCUAGGGCAGGCCUCAUCACGAGGGUCAUGUGAUCUCGAAACGAUCGAGCUUGAGGACAAUGUCGAUACUCAAGGUCGACAUCUAGGUCCUAACGAUGCUGCGAUGGAGGAGCAGAAGCAACAGCGGAUCUUGUCAGCAAUGGAAAAGGCACCGGAGGGAGCUGGUCUCACAGACCUCAUGAAUCGAGUUGUGAAUCCCAACCGUCAGAGCUGGCUUCAUGGUUUGUGGCCGCGCCAUGCAUCAGGUGGUUCAGAGGCAUCAAAACCAGCGUCAGACCGCUCAUCCUCGCAGGGGGGUGUCAUUUUUCGCGGAGCGGACGCUAGUCCUUCCAUAUACAGCUCCGAAUCCAUGGACGAGAUGCCAGAACGAGCAUCUGUCGCAUCUCCGCGCACAGAUCGCUCAGCCAGUGGACCAGGGGAUGCGCCAGCUAGUGACCUGUAUCGUGCUGGACCGGGACUGUUGAGGAAAAAUACAGCGCAGUCUCGUCGGUCCUGCGGAUCACAAAGCUCUAGAAAUUCGUCCCAGCCCAGUGACGAUGAACGCGAGGCAUUUGAGCGCCGGCGGCGGUCAAAUCUGCAGGCGCGCCACAUCCUUGAAACCGAGAAGAAGCUAGGCAUGUCGACGGAGCUCCAGCAGGCUGCAUGGAUGCCGCCGGCUCCGAUGCCACCGCCACCACCUGCGCCUACAUCGCCUGCGCCAUCGAUGCAGUCUUAUCGUGCUCAAAGCCGUCUGUCCGCGGGUCCUGGUGGUACUGCUGUGUUGGACCAAGUGAACUCACAGACACAUGAACCAGCGCAAGCCAACUGGCAGGCUCAAUGGCAGGUUCAUCCGGCAUCCCAAGAAUCUGCUUGUGCCGAUGCUCCGACACAGACACCAAUGUAUGAGGGUAUGCGGCAGCAAGGUGUCUCUGAGCCACACAUGCAGGAGGAUGCGCAGCCUGCAUGGCAACCGACCCAGCAGGUCUAUCCAGAUGCUGCAGCGCAGGGUACACUAAAUGUUCAGUCGCAGGAGCAGGCGUACGCUCAGUGGCAAUUACAGUGGAACGUUCAUCCGGAAGCUGCCCCACAGGCUCCCUCUGAGCCUGUGGCGCAAGAACAGGCACAGGCUGCAUGGGAGGCAGAAUGGCAGGUCCAUCCUGAAUCUGUGCAGUCGGGUGCGACUCGGGGCCCAGUGCCUAAUCAAGCUCAGGCUGACUGGUAUGCCCAAUGGCAAGGACAUCCAGACGCACAAUGGCAAGGGCACCCAGAUGUACAAUGGCAAGGCUACCAAGAUGUACAAUGGCAAGGACAUCCAGACGCACAGUGGCAAGGACAUCCAGAUGUACAGUGGCAUAGACAUCCAGAUGCACAAUGGCAAGGGCACCCCCAUGUCCAAUGGCAGGUACCGCCGCAAGCACACGUGGGUGUACUAGCAGCUCCUGGCAUGUCACCGAACGAGGGUGUGAUGCCGACGCAUGCCGCGAUGCCGCAUGUUCGACGAAAGGCUCCCCCGGGCUCACAGCCGAGUCAUUUACCAAAACCUGCUAGCCCUACUCCCACGAGCACAUUCCAGCGUGAUUCGAUGCCACCACCCAAGAAGUCUGCGGGUGCGCCGAUUUUGCCAGAUGUUGUUGAAGAUGAUGAAUCCAUAAUCGACGAGCAGGGCCGUCGACUAAAGCCCGACGGAUUUGGUGGUUUGCAGCCUGUCGACGAUCAAAGCAAAGAGGAAGCGGCCAUUGCGCCGUCACCGACCAUGGCGCCCGGUGCUGAGGCAGCAGCGCCCGUCGCAUCCCAAGAUACUCCUCGUGCGCCGCAGGUCGAGUCGAUGCGGACCGACUUUAAGCCCCAGAACGGGCGUCCACCAAGCUCGUUGUCUGUCCAUACACCGUUUGUCCACAAUGCGUCCAGUCCGCGGCCAUCCUCGCCGGCCGUCCGUUCCUCGGCCAUGCCAGCGCGCAAGUCGAUGCCGGCAUCCAGCUCGAAUGGGCCCCCCUAUCAAAUCGCUCCCGAGCUGUACACGACGCCGCAGAGCUUGCAUAACAAAGUUGGCCGUAUGACAUGGACGCCCGAGGUGGCAGAGGCUGCAGCGAAGUACAUUCAGACCAUGACAAACUCUGCAUCGCGGAGUCAAAUCCACCAACAUGCCAAGCCGCACACUGGCGCUAGCCGCUCGCCUUUGCCAGGUGCGCCUGAGCCACUUCCCCCGUAA